AUGCGAUUGCAUCCGCUCAACACUCGCCCCCCCUCUCGCAAUAACUCCUCCUCCCCAUCUCCACAUUCCUCCCCCAAAUCCCCUCUUCUUCUUCUUCUUCUUCUUCCUCCUCCUCCCAUGGCGAUCGGCGUCUGCUUCUAGCUGGAGAGAUCUCGCUUCGUUUCGAGCUGUCCACCGGUGGUUUUCUCGCAUGCGAUAUCACACGCUUCUUGGAAGCACAUCAGAGUUCUUGGUGCUGACCUUGCCCUAGAUCUGCUUCUGACUGUUGCUGUUACGUGGCGUGCAAGCUAGCUAUAGCCAUUUCUGUGUGUGUAGCUGUACUGGUGGUGAAGAAGAAGAUGCAAGCGAAUGGGUGGAGGAGCUAGAGGCUUGGCUGGAGGAAGAAGAAGAAGGGGUUGGUGGUGGCUAGCUAGCUAGGGUGCGUGCUUAAUUACCUGGCUUCGUUCAUGACGCCGGCGAGGCGCAUGCCGCCGGUGAUCGGCCGGAACGGCGUGGCGUACGAAUCGCCGUCGGCGCAGCUGCCCCUCACCCAGGCUGAUAUGCUGGACAGCCAUCAUCUGCAGCAAGCACUCCAGCAGCAAUACUUCGAUCAGAUCCCGGUGACGACGACGGCGGCGGCGGACAGCGGCGACAACAUGCUGCACGGCCGCGCCGACGCCGGCGGGCUGGUUGACGAGUUCGAGAGCAAGUCGUGCAGCGAGAACGUCGACGGCGCCGGCGACGGCCUCUCCGGCGACGACCAGGACCCCAACCAGCGGCCGCGCAAGAAGCGUUACCACCGCCAUACCCAGCACCAGAUCCAAGAGAUGGAAGCUUUCUUCAAGGAGUGCCCGCACCCAGACGACAAGCAGCGCAAGGAGCUGAGCAGGGAGCUGGGUCUUGAACCUCUGCAGGUUAAAUUCUGGUUUCAGAACAAGCGCACACAGAUGAAGAACCAGCACGAGAGGCACGAGAACGCGCAGCUGCGGGCGGAGAACGACAAGCUGCGCGCGGAGAACAUGCGAUACAAGGAGGCCCUGAGCAGCGCGUCGUGCCCCAACUGCGGCGGCCCCGCCGCCCUCGGCGAGAUGUCCUUCGACGAGCACCACCUCCGCGUCGAGAACGCCCGCCUCCGCGACGAGAUCGACCGCAUCUCCGGCAUCGCCGCCAAGCACGUCGGCAAGCCCCCCAUCGUCUCCUUCCCCGUCCUCUCCUCCCCGCUCGCCGUCGCCGCCGCCCGCUCCCCUCUCGACCUCGCCGGCGCCUACGGCGUCGUCACCCCCGGCCUCGACAUGUUCGGCGGCGCCGGCGACCUCCUCCGCGGCGUGCACCCGCUCGACGCCGACAAGCCCAUGAUCGUGGAGCUCGCCGUCGCCGCCAUGGACGAGCUCGUCCAGAUGGCCCAGCUCGACGAGCCGCUCUGGUCGUCGUCGUCGGAGCCGGCGGCGGCGUUGCUCGAUGAGGAGGAGUACGCGCGCAUGUUCCCGCGCGGCCUCGGCCCCAAGCAGUACGGCCUCAAGUCGGAGGCGUCCCGCCAUGGCGCCGUCGUCAUCAUGACGCACAGCAACCUCGUCGAGAUCCUCAUGGAUGUGAAUCAAUUCGCGACGGUGUUCUCGAGCAUCGUGUCGAGAGCGUCCACGCACGAGGUGUUGUCCACAGGCGUGGCAGGCAACUACAAUGGUGCACUGCAAGUGAUGUCAAUGGAGUUUCAAGUGCCGUCGCCGCUGGUGCCGACGAGGGAGAGCUAUUUCGUCAGGUACUGCAAGAACAACUCCGACGGGACAUGGGCCGUCGUCGAUGUCUCUCUCGACAGCCUCCGCCCCAGCCCUGUCCAGAAAUGCCGGCGCAGGCCGUCUGGCUGCCUCAUCCAAGAAAUGCCCAAUGGCUACUCCAAGGUGACAUGGGUGGAGCAUGUGGAGGUGGACGACAGCUCGGUGCACAACAUCUACAAGCCAUUGGUGAACUCCGGCCUCGCAUUCGGCGCGAAACGGUGGGUCGGCACGCUGGACCGGCAAUGCGAGCGCCUCGCCAGCGCCAUGGCCAGCAACAUCCCCAAUGGCGACCUUGGAGUGAUUACAAGCGUGGAGGGGAGGAAGAGCAUGUUGAAGCUGGCGGAGAGGAUGGUGGCGAGCUUCUGCGGCGGCGUGACGGCGUCGGUGGCGCACCAGUGGACGACGCUGUCGGGCAGCGGGGCGGAGGACGUGCGCGUCAUGACGAGGAAGAGCGUCGACGACCCCGGCAGGCCACCGGGCAUCGUGCUCAACGCCGCCACCUCCUUCUGGCUCCCCGUCCCUCCCGCCGCCGUCUUCGACUUCCUCCGCGACGAGACCUCUCGCAGCGAGGUGCCCAAUUUGCCCCCCAUCCCUAGGGAAUUUAUCCAAUUUGCUGACCAAAUUUUAUACGUGAUCAAAUUCAUUCCUGACGAGUUUGGAUUUCCGCAGUGGGACAUUCUGUCCAACGGCGGCGCCGUCCAAGAAAUGGCUCACAUUGCCAACGGCCGUGACCAUGGCAACUCUGUCUCGCUUCUUCGUGUCAAUAGUGCAAAUUCAAACCAGAGCAACAUGCUGAUCCUGCAAGAGAGCUGCACGGACGCGUCGGGCUCCUACGUGGUGUACGCGCCGGUGGACAUCGUGGCGAUGAACGUGGUGCUCAACGGCGGCGACCCGGACUACGUGGCGCUGCUGCCGUCGGGGUUCGCCAUCCUUCCCGACGGGCCGUCGGGGAACGCGCAGGCCGCCGUCGGGGAGAACGGCUCCGGCUCCGGCGGGGGGUCCCUCCUGACGGUGGCGUUCCAGAUCCUCGUCGACUCCGUGCCGACGGCGAAGCUCUCGCUGGGCUCCGUCGCGACGGUGAACAGCCUCAUCGCCUGCACGGUGGAGCGCAUCAAGGCCGCCGUCUGCAGGGACAGCAACCCUCAGUAGUAGCACCGGCUUCAACCAAAUAUGAUCACGAACAAUGUUCCAAGGAGCAGCAAAAUUUUGGAGUUUGAUUCAGCAGUAGGGAGUCAAGAACGCACCUCAAACUCUCCUUGCCAUGUGGUGCCCUUGCUAGUGAAGAAUUUGCGAGGAAACCGACGCGUUUGCGAGAAAAUUUUCGCGAAGAUACAUAGUGUCACCACUAUGCAAGGGGGGAUGGUUCGGGCAUUGACUUCCACCUUUUGAUUUUCAUCAAAUGCAUCGAAGAGUGGAUGCUGCUACCUUGUUGUUUUUCUGAAUCUCUAUGUUAGGGCUUCUUUUACCAUGUUUAAAAAGGGCUAUGAAGCCUCAUUUUUAUCUGUACUGUUGUGAUGUGUUGUCUGUUUGUUCAGACUUCAGGUUCCUGUCCCUUAGCUAGGAGUUGAGAAUAGAGAGAUUCAUGUCCCCCCUUUUGGAUUUUAUCACAUUUCCGAUGAUUUGUAGACUUGUGGUUGUUGCUUGUUGGUCAUUACCAUUCUUGUCUCAAA